AGAGUAGAAUCAGGAGGCUGCAAAAUGAAGGCGUUCCUUUCCUCCUUGGUUUUUCUACAGGUUGUUGGCUCUUCAGUUGCUGUGUACAAACAAUGGAUUCCAAAUACAAAUUUUGAAAAUGCUGUUAACUGGGAUCAAAACCGAGUCCCAUGUGCCAAGGAUGCCAUUCUUUUUGGGAGUAGUAAGAUUGUAUCAGUUUUUGUCCAGGCAUCCCACUCUUUGACAGACAUGUACCUUCCACUGAAUGGAGAAUUCAUUAUGGCCCCCGGUGCUGGAUUUGCAGCUUUUGAUGGCAAUUACAGUCCAGGAUGUGAGACAGCUUCAGAAAUCACAUUUAAAAGUACAGACAAUUAUGAAUGGUAUGAUCCUACGAUGUGGCAUGCUGCAACCUCUUUGGAAAACUUAGAUCUGGGCAAAUACAUUUUCCUUGUUGAUGAAGAACGGGUUCCAUGCCAGUAUGAUGAUGUCAUUUUUCAGCCUGAAACCUCCUUCCGAGUGAACAUCAACUCUGAGCUAGCGAUACAGCUUAAGAGCAUUUCAGUCAUGGGGCAGAACUUCACCAGUGACAGUGCCCUGGCAGAAUACAUGCAGAGCUCUUCUGCAAAACUUCAAUUCCAUGGGCAAGGGACACUCCGGUUAUCACAUACUAGAUGUCCAGACAAAUCUGGCUGUGAAUGUGGAAACUCAGCAAGCCAUGAGAGAAUCUGUGCUGCCUUGCUCCAAAAUUCCAGGAAUAAAUGUCCAAUGGUUACGUGCAAAGAUGCAAUAAAGCCUACUGGUCAUUGUUGUGAAAUAUGUGGGGCCAUCAUUACCUUAACAUACUCUGCUGAUUUUGACAUUGAAGUCUACCGAGACAGAAUAUUCCACACUUUUCUGAAUCUGCCCAGAAAUAAAGGUAUUCAGAUGGCCAUGUCCAAGAUGAAAAAAUUGCAGACUCCCUUGAGAAUUGUGCCACGUGGCUUAGACUCAAUCAUCCAGAUUGUGCUAAUUGACAAUAAAACAGGACCCUAUGCUGGCACUCAUGCUGAACAGCUGGCUAAUGACAUCCUGAAGGAUAUAACAGACCAUGGAAAAUUCUUUGGCAUUGUGACAGCCAACCUACAAGUAGCCACUGGCAGCAACUGGAGUGCUCAAGGAAUCAGCAGCCAUCUUGGCACUAUGAUUACUGGGAUUGUCAUAGGAAUCCUUCUUGUCCUGCUCUUUCUGGGAAUUACUCAUUUUCUUUAUAAAAAUGAUGCAUUAAGAUCUCUUUCCUCUCUGCAUCUUUCCUCUUUGUGGAACCGAAGAAGGGAUCAAGAAGAUUUUGGUACGACUGAGGAAGGAUUUGAUAAUCCCAUGUUUGACACACCAUGUAACCCAAGUGUUUUAGCCAACAGACAUUCUGUGGAAGGAACCCAAGAGGAGAUGGGGGGCAGAGAUAGCAGGCUUUAUUACAUUAACCCUUUAUAUGAUGAAACAGAACUUAGUGUUUAAGUCUUACCAGUUCAUGCAUUGCUAGCAGUUUCAUAUCAAAAGACUCAGUCACUGAUUACCCUUAGAUACAGAUUUCAGAUUUGUGCAGUUAUGUGCAUUAUACCAAGAUCUGUGUGAUGUGGCCUGAAUUAAAUUGUGGGUAAUUUUGUAAGUAAAGGCAACUAAUGAAUGGAGCUCAUCAUAAGGAAAUCUAUUUCUAAUCAUUUAUAGUUGUAUUCCUUCACUUGGUGUCCUCCAUAUCCCAUGAAAUUGCAACCAUUUUCAAGCAACAUUUUCCAACGACUUGAAAAAUUGGAGAAAUGCUGAUCGGCAGAAAUAUUCAUGAGAUUUCUACAAGAAAUCCCUGGUACAAUUAAACAGAGUAUAGCAUAUUGUAUAUUCAUUCCCCAUUCUUCCAUGGAAAUAUUGCAGUCCAGUCAAACUUUAUGAUCUUUGCUUCAUUUAAGAAAUCCUCUGCAAGUGAAGCAAUGAGACCUUUACUGGAUUUAAGGUGUUAAUGCUGUUAGAGUCUGUUGGCCACAAGAAAAAGAAAUGGAGAGUGUUUGCUGUUUAAGGAAGCACAUCAAGUUCUGAGCACAAUAGUAUAGAAAUAUCUUCAUAAACCAAAUGGAAUACGUUCACUAUAGGGCAGCACAGGAGGUAACGGGGCUUGAAGACACACCCUAUGUCAGAAGUAGGCAACUUAGAAUCUUCUAGAUUUUUUGGACUUUCAUUUCCUCCUUGGAGAAAGAUGCCUGAAGACGGACAGACAAAGAAACAAAUUAAUCCAGAGCUGGCCUCAAAGCACAAAUAAUCAAACCCAAAUGUUAUCUCAGAACCAUUGCACCAUAUCUUUCAAAAAAAUCCUGGAGCACUGGAGGUACCUGAGGAUUAGAAAAGGGCUGAUGUGGUUCCCAUCUUCAAGAAAGGAAAA